CGUCGCGUCAGCUUGGUCUGCAAAAUUACUGGCGCACGACGUACUAUCGGAUGACAUAGCGAUUAAACAGUGAAAAGAAGCAUAUUCUUGUGGUCGUUCGGCGGCGAAAAACGAAAAUGAAGCAACUGAUAUUACUCUGCUUGCUGUCGUCGACAAUUUUUGCGCAGCCACAAAAAAAAAUCAAGGAUCCUAACGACGAGCCAUUUCUACCGAUUUAUCCGGUUUAUCCUUACAGUCCUAAACUAAUAAAACGAGGCACUGAAGGACAAUUCACUUCGCAAUUAACGUCAGAGCUUUACGCACCGAAAGUGGACGCCAAGGAUUCCUACAGUUCCGGCUACAGCAACCAAAGAAAUCCCUAUACUCCCAAUACUUAUCCAAAAAUCGGUUCACCCUCUCCCUCAUAUUUCAACAAUGAUCCGUACGCCUACGACACCUCGCCAUAUACAGCUUACAGUUCAUAUCCCACGCCAUAUACGAUAAAUCCUGCGUAUUCAGCGCCGGUGUAUCCAAACUAUUAUUAUCAGCCUUAUUAUUAUCCUCGAUACUUCAAUCCCGCUCCGUUUCCACCGCCGCCGCCACCGCCAUUGCAACCAAGUGUCGAUUACGAGACGUCGCAAGAUUCUUCCGUUGAGUCCGAGGAUGACAAAGAGAAGAAGAGCAAGAAAACGAAGGAGGACGAGACAAAUCAGACAGCGUCGAUCGGUCAGUUCGUAGACGGCAGAAACUACAUAUCCUCCAGCUCAAGAGAUCUCGACGGACAAUCAAGCACGUAUAAAAUACCCAAUUCUUACAAUCAACUCGUGCAGGACGUCCAACUGAAGAACCUGCCGGGUCUUCCCUUACCGAAGACAACGUACAGGGUGAUCAGCGUGGGCGGACAGCCGGUAGGUCCUGACUAUCCACUUCCUACUUCAUACGUCAAAGCUCAGCAGGUGGAACAACUGACGAGUCAAACGUUGGCUACGUUAUUAGCUCAAAAUGCGCAACAGCAAGCAACUCAGCUUUACGAAAGCAAUAAGGACACGUCAAACGAUUCCAACGACGAUUCGUACGCUAGUCAGAAUGUCUACAACUCGAACACACCGUUGUCGUACGUGCCCGUUUCGAGCGUGAGAACCAAACCCGAUGUAACCUACGUAAUAAACACCGACGGAACCGGCAAGAUUCACGGAGAACAAGCGACCAUUCAAGAUUCGUCGUCCCAAAGUAUCUCGAAUAAAAAUGCAAAGUACUCGAAUGAUCAUUUUAUUCGAAAGCCAGUAUCGCAGGCGUAUGUGACGUCCAAUAACUACAACAAUAAAUCACGCGGUCGAUUAAGCAAUCACCGACCUGUCGAUCAGACAGACGGAUACGACAGUUACGACGCGUCGCAAAAUUACGGUGACACUUACGCUCAGACCGACAACAAGCAAGAAAAAAACUACGGAAGUUAUCAAAGUCAGCCGGUCGUCUCUUAUCAGACCAAGAGCGUCACCUCAGUCGCGCCUCAAGCGUCUCGAUCGUACAGUUAUCAGUAUUACGAAUCAGAUCAGACACAACAGAAGCAAAAUAAAACCGCGAACAUUGGUAAUUUCGGUGCUAAGAACAAUAAGGGAUAAUAUUUGGUUUGAAAGUGACGCCAGAAUACAGAACAGUAAACAGUGGUGCUAUUACGUGUAAGAUUUAUAUAAAACAUAUAAAACAUAUUUGUUGUUAAAAAAGUUAUUGUUACGGAAUUGACGCAGUUUUUGUCAUUACUAGAAUGCUUAACUAAGUCACUGCACUUCCUUCGAUAGGAUUAUUAAAAAAAAAUCUUGCAAAAUAAAAGUACAUACUGUGUAUCUCUUGUAACUAUAGUUUUUACUAAUCCGAGAGAUUGCUUUGUGUUUUGCGCACAUAUAAAAUAAAUUGCGUUGUUUUCUCUCUCUUGAGCUUAAUAAGAGACUCAGAAGAUAAUCUAAACUGCAUUUCCUUUCUUCGCUUUGCAGAAUAUAAAAGAAAACUUAACGCUUCGCGCACUUUCACUAGCUCGCUAAAUAUAUUUUCUGCUUAAGGUUAUUUGUUUGAUAUUGAUAGUCGCGAGUCGACAAAUCAGACAUCACCCAGACAUCUACGUUCCGAAUGACUUUACUUUCGCGUGGCUAGCUAAAUGAAAGGCGUGCUCACACAGGUGUAGAUAAGCACUUGAUACGGUAACACUUGUAUCGCUUCUCCGCGUCUAACUUGAUAUUAUACUUUCUUUCGUGCGAGCAACAAAAUGUCACUUUUAUGACCGAGGGAAAACGCGAGCCGGGAGAUGUUAAUCUUGAAAUUUACGAGACGCAAGAAAACACGAAGCGCUUGUUUCUUUCUCUCACAAAGCCGGCCGUGUUUUAACAUGCACGGCAAUUCGUUUUCGGAGUCAAAAAGUCCGCUAUGUCGCGCAUUGAAUCUGACCCGCUUCGACCCUGAUGAUGCGGAUCUAUAUUUGCGAGUCUUUGCGCGACCUACAUUACGUACGCAUUGAUUUUAAAUAGUCGUUUUGUAGUCAGUAGUAAUAAAUGAUCCUUUAUAACUGCCUUUUGACGUUCUGCACUCCUUUCUCUCCUGUGUAAAUGCACGCGAACCGGUUUCCCUUUUGUGUUUAUCUUCGUACUUUACUUUCGUUCGAUGAGCGACGGGUUCCUGGUUUUUUUUUUUCUGUCAUGUUUCUCUCUAGACGUAAUUACACGCGUGUCAUCGCAAAUUGCAAUUUACAUGAAAAUCUAGCGGAUUAAGAUGCGGAAACUUUGCACAGACAAAGCUGCUUCGGGAAUUAGCCGUAUCGUUAAUCCGUUUUAUGCGUUGAAUAAUUAAUUUGUGCGCGC